AUGCCAAUCGAUAAAUCUUGGAUGCAAUCUGGGAGGUCAUCCGAAGAUUAUUUUAACAGAGUUGAAACUUUUCUUGAUUAUGCAUACAACCAUCUUCAGCCGGACGAUGCUAAAAUUUUAUGUCCUUGCGUCAAGUGUAGUAAUAGAUACAAAAACGUUAAGGUUGAAGUACAACAACAUCUUCUUUAUAAUGGAAUUAUCAAAAAUUAUACUAUAUGGUAUUUGCAUGGGGAGGAUGAGAAUGACGAGACUGAUGAAAGCAACAGUGAUAGUGAUAGUGAUGGUAGUGAAAAUGAUGUGAUCAAUGUGGAACAAGAUGAUGAUAUGCAUGGUUUAGUAGAAGAAGGCUGUCCACAGGACCCAAAUAGAGAUGCAGAAAAGUUUUACAAAUUGUUAAAAGAGGCAGAGCAGCCGUUGUACGAUGGUUGUAAGUCGUAUUCCAACUUGUCCUUUGUUGUCAACUUGUUGCAUAUCAAGAGUACUGGUACUAUGAGCAACAAAGCUUUUGGUGCAUUGCUAAAAUUGUUGAAGGAUGCCUUUCCUUUCUGUGAAAAGUUACCUACAAGCAAUGAUGGUGCAAAGAAAAUUGUUGCAGAAUUAGGUCUUCAUUAUGAAAAGAUCGAUGCAUGCAAGAAUGAUUGCAUUAUUUAUUAUAAGGAGCAUGCAAAUGCAACGCAAUGUCCUACAUGUAAGCUUUCGAGAUGGAGAACACAAGAAAAGGGUAACAAAAAGAAAGGUAAAAAGGUUCCCUGGAAGAUUCUGAGAUAUUUUCCACUCACGCCAAGGCUUCAGAGAUUGUAUAUGUCAUCAAAGACAGCUGCAGAUAUGAGAUGGCAUUCUAAAGAUCGUGUGAAAGAUGGUGUAUUGAGACAUCCAGCAGAUUCUGAGCAGUGGAAAUAUUUCGAUCAAAUUCAUGAGUCAUUUGGUAUUGAACCUCGAAAUGUACGGCUUAGUUUGGCAACAGAUGGAUUUAACCCUUUUGGCAAGAUGAAUCUUCGCCAUAGUACUUGGCCAGUUCUCAUAUUCCCGUACAAUCUUCCUCCCUGGAUGUGUAUGAAGGAGCCUUAUACUUUCAUGUCCUUACUUAUACCUGGACCAACAAGUCCAGGUAAUGACAUAGAUGUAUAUUUGAGUCCAUUGAUUGAUGAGUUGCAAACACUAUGGGAAACUGAUGUGGAAACGUAUGAUAUAUCUACAAGGCAAAAUUUUCAAAUGAGAGCUGCACUUAUGUGGACUAUCAAUGAUUAUCCGGCAUAUGCUUACAUGUCAGGUUGGAGCACUCAAGGAAGAUUGGCAUGCCCAUAUUGUGCCUCUAAGACUUCACAUCGCAGGUUAUCUCAUGGGUCAAAAAUGUGUUAUCUGGGUCAUAGACGAUUUUUACCGUCUAACCACUCAUGGCGCAAGCAAAAAAACAAGUUCGACAAUACAAGAGAGAAAACGGUUGCACCCAGUAGACCAUCUGGUGAUGAUGUUAUACAAGAACUGGAUGAAUUAAGAAAAAUAACUCAUGGCAAGCAGAACAAGCAUACGAUACCUGGGUUGGGAAGGAGGCAUAAUUGGAAAAAACAUUCUAUAUUUUUUCAAUUACCUUAUUGGAAAACACUUUUGGUGCGUCAUAACUUAGAUGUUAUGCACAUCGAGAAAAAUGUAUUUGAGAGUCUGAUUGGCACAAUGAUGAGCAUUGAUGGUAAGACAAAGGAUUCUUUAAAUGCUCGCCUUGAUCUUCGUGAAAUGGGUAUAAGGGAAAAAUAUCAUCCAAAAGUAAGAGAAUAUGGUAAGCUUGAUUUUCUCCCAGGUGACUAUACAUUGUCAGACGAUGAUAAUAGAGUUUUAUGUAAAUGGUUAUCUGAAUUACAAGUUCCAGAUGGAUACUCUGGAAAUUUAUCUCGAUGUGUGGCUGCUGGAGAACGUAGUAUUUCUAGUAUGAAGACCCAUGAUUGUCACAUUUUCUUGGAAAGAUUACUUCCCUUUAUAGCUCGAGAGUUAUUGCCUAAAGACGUUUGUGAGCCCCUCAUUGAGCUUUCUUAUUUUUUCAAGGAAUUGUGUGCUAAAGUAUUGAGAGAAGAAGAUUUGAAUGUUCUUGAAAAUCAAAUUGCUAUUACAUUAUGCAAGAUGGAACAAAUAUUCCCUCCUGCCUUCUUUGACAUCAUGAUUCAUCUAACUUGCCAUUUAGCAUGGGAGGCAAAAAUGGCGGGUCCAGUGCAAUAUAGGUGGAUGUAUCCUGUAGAAAGGUAUUUGCAUAAACUAAAAAGUUAUGUUCGUAAUAAGGCUCGUCCAGAAGGAUCUAUUGCGGAAGGCUACUUGGGAGAUGAAUGCAUAACAUUUUGCUCUCGUUAUUUGCAUCGAGUUGAAACUAAGUUUAAUCAAAGGGAUAGAAAUGAUGAUGGAGGUCAAUCGUUAUCUGAUACAUCUCAAUUACCUAUUUUUUCAACACCAGGUAAAUCUUUUGGGAAAGGUGUACUUGAAGAGAAGGGUAUCGAACUCCUUGAGGCUGCCAAAGAACAUAAGAAUAUUCUAACGCAUUCUGGUGUUAGAAAUGUGGAGGAGUCACAUAGGCUUCAAUUUUCAAAUAGGUUUCAUGAGAGGAUCAAACAACUAUACUAUGAUAACAAAGUUGAUAAGAAAAUGCUUUCGUUGGCUCUCGGUCCGGAAAGGCGAGUAAAAUAUUAUCCUAGUUACUAUAUGAGUGGGUUUAGGUUUCAUACAUUGCAACGUGAUGAGAAUAAAAAAACACAAAAUUGUGGAGUUAUGGUUAAGGGGGAGAAUCAGAUUGAUAGUGUGUCUUGGUAUGGAGUAUUAAAAGACGUGGUUGAGCUUCGUUACACAGAAGGCAAUAGAGUUGUAUUGUUCAAUUGUGAGUGGUAUGACAUUGUGCGAAAAGGAACAGGUUAUAAGAUAGAUCGUUAUGGAAUAAUUAGUAUUAAUACAACUCGCAAGUUGAAUACUAAAGAGCCAUUUGUGCUGGCAAACCAAGCAACCCAAGCUUUUUAUGUGAGAGAGAUUAAAAAUAAGGCUUGGAGUUACGUGGUGGAAACGAAGCCUAGAAAUGUUUAUGAGAUGCCUAAUGUUGAUGAUGAUGAUGAGCCAUACCAAGAAGAAGAGGCGCAUGGGGGUAUUCAAGCCAACCAAAAUGAUGACGAAGAUGAUGAAAUUGUGGGAUAA